UCCUCGCGCACCACACCUUCACCUCCAUUCCAUCGGCGGCGGAAAUCUUGGGCUCGAAAACUCGAGCGCUGUUGCUGUACUACCUUCGCCUACUUCCCGCUUGUUUUCGUAUAUGGCCUGACUUCCUGGGCUAUCUAUGUACAAGUGAACGUAUGCUUUCUUGACGAAUACACAUCAUGGGCAUUCCUCGAAGCUGGUCUCGGGAUCGUGCUCUUCCUCCUAGCCGACAUCUCUUACACAGCCGCCGUUUUUACAAGUCCCGGAUCGCCGCUGGAUGGCGAACACAAUGGUGAAAGAGUCGGAAGGCGAAAAGCUGGCGGGUAUCAAGGUUUGCCUACGCAUGAAGACGAUAGAGAACCGGGGGAGAACUCCGUGCCGCAAGAAUGGAUGUCGGCCGUGACUGCGAAGAGCACGGGCAAACCGCGUUUCUGCAAGAAAUGUCGCUGUGUCAAACCUGACCGGUCACAUCAUUGUUCAACCUGCGGGCGCUGCGUGCUCAAAAUGGACCAUCACUGUCCCUGGCUGGCGACGUGUGUUGGUCUGCGCAACUACAAGGCCUUUCUACUCUUCCUGAUCUACCUCUCCAUUUUCUGCUGGGCUUGCUUCGCCAGCACAGCUGUCUGGGUAUAUGAAGAAAUAGUGAAUUCGCAUCCGAUGCAGGAAAGCAUCUUGGUGGUCAACGUCAUCGUCCUUGCAGUAAUCAGUGGAAUCAUCGGGCUGGUAAUUUCAGGCUUUACGGGGUGGCAUAUUUAUCUGACCAUGACUGGCCAGACGACAAUUGAGAGUCUAGAGAAGACAAGGUAUCUGGCUCCUCUGCGUGAAAGCUUGGAGUCAAGCGCCCAUUCUUCUCGUCCAAAUGCUGGGACCGACGUUCCCGGAAUCCGCGCCGUGGGAGAAUAUCUGAAGGAGACACAUGCGAACGCCUUACCGGGCGUGUUGCGCGCUGAGGAAGGGGAUACCUUGUUGGAUCCUUCGCUAGUCCCACAGGCUGCCCCUAUGCAAGCAGCUAGCUACAAUUCGCCAGCAACGAGCAGCCUGCAUCGGUCUUACGCAUCUAUGGAAGCUCAACGAGAGCGUGAUCGGUACAGCUCUUACCUUGAUGAGGUAGAUUCCGAGAAAAUGCCAAACGCAUUCGACCACGGCUGGAAGACCAACAUGAUGCACGUUUUCGGCGAUCGGCCUCUCCUGUGGGGCGUGCCAAUUUGCAACACCAGCGGCAAUGGUUGGAUGUGGGACGUCAGCCCAAAGUGGCUCGAGGCACGGGAUCGCAUCGGCCGCGAGAGG